AUGUUUUUACACUUUCAAAUCAACUUCUUUUCUUUCAGUGCUAUUGGAAAUUUAAAAAUUGCUGAAGUUGAUCCAGGCGGUCAUUUUGUAAAGAUCCUGAACUGUGACCCUGAAAAAGAGGAAAGCAUUGGAGAUUAUCUCUUGAAGCAGGAUGUCCAAGGUCAACCAGUGGCUGUAUUUCAGUUUCCCCCUGAGACGAGGAUGGGGCCCAGCUCCACUGUGACAGUUUGGGCAGCAGAUGCUACGGUGCUUCACAAACCUCCCUCAGAUUUUCUUUGGAAGGACCUGGAGAGGUUUAGGACAAGCCUUGACUGUGCUACCAUUCUCUGUGAGCCUGGCGGUCAAGCUGUGGCUUGGUACACUCCUCUCUACUGGAACAGAAGGCAAGGAUGGGUGGCAAAGAAGCAAAGUGAAAACAUUGAGAACAUGGUUAUACCAACUUUAUCAACAACAAAGCAUAAAGAGGGACGGGAAAAGGAAAAGGAAUUCACAAUAACUGAUACAGAGUGGAAGAGGGCUGACCCAGGGCAAACAGGAAAAAAAAGACAAAGCUUCAUUAAAAGACCAUUAACCAUGGGGAAUGACGGCAGCAGUUUGUGCAGGCAGUCCCGGUGUCAGUCGUCACGGCCGGACCCCGUGCCAG